UAGCAUCCAUGGAGAUUUAGGAACAGUGGAGGAUAACGGCCAAGAAGAAGGAUUUGGAAGAAUCAGAGAGAAGAAUGGUGCCAACAAAAAUCAGGUAAUAUCAAAAGUUGGAAAAAGGAUGGCUCCAAGGGGUGGAUCAUCGCAAGAUGUUCCUAUGGAGAGCAUGUAGCGAGUGACCUUUUACCAACCAAGGAGAAUCUUCUGAAAAAUAGUUCACGACUUCGCGUGACAUAAAACGGUUACCAAUGGCCUUGUAAGUUGUAAGAGAUUGGAGGAAGAAAGAGGUAAAAGUGGGAGAAAGAGAGGAGGACAAUGUCGAUUGGGUGGUGAUGGGUGGCAACAGCUUGUAGAAGAGACGGUGCUCGUGCUGACCAUCAACGUUUACCAAUGGCCUUGUAAAAGUUGUAAUUUAAUGGAUUCCAGACAUGAAAUUCUUUAUUGACAUAAUGGACAAUUUCCCUGGUUGGAACUAGGGCCCUGUUAGCUUUCAUGGCUUCAACCUCAGAGCAAACAACUUGUGAGACUAUGAACAGUGAAAAAUAUGCUGAUGUCAACUGGGAUGAACUUGGAUUUAGUCCAAUUCCAACGGAUUACAUGUUUGUGAUGAAAUGCUCUGAAGGAGAAAACUUUUUACAAGGAAAUCUCACUCCCUUUGGGAACAUUGAGCUGAGCCCAUCUGCCACAAUCUUAAACACUGGACAGGGAAUUUUUGAAGGUCUUAAGGCGUACAGGAGAGAAGACGAUCGUAUCACGCUCUUCCGGCCUGAACAGAAUGCUAUCCGCAUGAAGAUGGGUGCAGAGAGAAUGUGUAUGCCAUCACCAUCUACCGAGCAAUUUGUUGAUGCUGUAAAGCAAACGGUCCUCGCCAACAAGCGUUGGGUGCCGCCUCCAGGAAAAGGUUCACUGUAUGUGAGGCCUUUGCUCAUGGGAAGUGGAUCUGCUAUUGGCGUUGUGCCAGCACCAGAAUACACAUUCCUAAUAUACACUUCUCCGGUUGGCAACUAUUAUAAGGGUGACACAUCUCUAAAUGUGAUUGUUGAGGAGAAGUUUCGUCGAGCUAUCCCUAGUGGAGCUGGAGGUGUCAAGGCAAUCACCAACUAUGCACCGAUUUUCCAAGCAGUUACUCAAGCAAAGACCAAAGGAUUCUCCGAUGUCUUAUUCCUAGAUGCGAAGACUGGAAGAAAUGUUGAGGAGCUUUCUUUAUGUAACAUUUUCAUUGUGAAGGGUAAUGUUAUUUCAACUCCUGCUAUGCUAGGAACUAUUUUGCCAGGAGUUACACGAAAAAGCAUCAUUGACAUUGCCCUUGAUUCUUGUUACCAGGUGGAGGAACGUGUUAUUCCAGUUGAGGACUUGAUGGAUGCUGAUGAAGUUUUCUGUACAGGAACUGCAGUGGUCGUCAACUCCGUUGGUAGUAUAACUUACCAGGGUAAAAGGGUUGAAUAUAAAACUGGAGUGGAAUCAGUGUCCCAGAAACUUUAUGCAACGCUAACGGGAAUUCAGAUGGGUCGUAUUGAGGACAAGAUGGGAUGGACUGUCGAGGUGGAUUGAGCUUCAAUCGUUAAAUACAGUUUGUGUUGGAAGUUGGUGGACUUGCAUACACUCACAAACACACGAGUGGACCUACAUUUAUUUGUUAUUUAGGGUAACUUCACUUUAGACUCCUGAAUUACCGCACGAUUUGA